UCAGUAUUAUUUUAUGUUAAGUUUAUUUCAGUGUUAUUCAACACUCUGUUUGUAACGUUGGUUUGACGUAAAGGCUCGCUGACCUAAAAAAAAAUUGUUUUGAUAAAUUAAAUUACUGAAAAUGUUUUUAACUAAAACCAAAUUUUCGUCUGUAGCGAAAUUUUAUAAACUGUUAUCAGGAGUAUGUCAACGUUCAUAUGCAGAACUUGUUCCUUGUAGUCCAACUGGUGUAUCACCGUCUUUACGUGGUCUAGUUUUAGGAUGUUAUGCUCAAAAAGGAGAUUUGACUGGAGAAACAUUGUCCUUGACUGCCGCAGCGAGUAAUUUUAACAACUCCGUUGAAGGUAAACUGAUGGAACAAUUAAAAAUGGCCAAACCACCUCCAGCUAGGGGUGAUGUUCGAACUUUUUUUGGUCUUAAUCAAAUUUUUCCAUAUGUAUCUGUUGUGGGAUUAGACGAUGGAUGUCUCGGAUAUAAUGAGACGGAAGGUAUAGACGAGAAAAAAGAAUGUAUAAGAAACGCUGCUGCUUUAGGCGUUCAAUCUUUGCAAAAUUUCGAUGUACAAAAAAUAUUUCUGGAAGAUUUUACUUCUGCCGAAAGUUCAGCCGAAGGAGCCUCAAUGGGCAUGUGGGCUUAUCAAGACCUUAAAUCUCGUUCUACUUGGAAAAAUAUGCCUAAAAUAGAACUACAUGACAGUUGUGAUUGGACAGGUUGGCAAAUAGGUUUACAAAAAGGUUCAGCACAAAACUUGACCCGACAAUUACAAGAAAUCCCAGCUAAUUUACUUUCUCCAAAAAUUUUUGCACGAAACGCUGUAACAAUUUUAUCAAAUCAAGGUAUUGAUUUGGUAGUAAGAGGAAAAAAUUAUAUUCAGUCGAGAAACAUGAAUGGGUUGCUUGCAGUAGCUAGCGGUUCAUGCGAAGAACCGCAGCUUUUGGAAGCUACAUAUGAAGGCUGUGAUUUAGAUGUACCACCUAUAGUAAUGAUAGCUCCUGGUAUGACUUAUAAUUCAGGAGGUCUAGGUUCUUUAAGAUAUUGCGAUGAUCAAAAACAAGCAAGGGGUGAAGUAUCAGGAGCGGCUGCACUAAUGGCUGUCCUAAGAGCUGUAAGUGCUCUAAAAAUGAACCUUAAUUUGAAAGUUUUAAUACCAUUGGCUGAAAAUGUUAUUGGUGGCGGGGCUAUGGAGCCGGGAUCUGUCAUUACUACAAAGAGUAAAAAAACAGUUGCUGUCGUAGAUACCGUAAAGGCAAGUCAACUGAUGGUGGCAGACGUCAUGACAAUGGUUGCUGAGUCUAAAGGCUGCUAUAUUCCAAAAUUAGUAAUUGAUAUCGGACCGUACGUGGAUGCUAAUGAAAUUUGGUCUACUCUAGCACUUGGAGUAUUUACUCAAGAUGAUUCAUUAAUGGAAACAAUGAAAGCAGCUGCAAUCCACACUGGUGAUCGUGUUUGGAGGUUACCUCUCUGGGAACAAGCCCGUGUUCAAAUGCGUUCACCAUAUCAUGCCGAUUUAAUAAAUUCUGGGCCCGUUUAUGGUGGUCAUGCAAUGCAUGCUGCUGCAUUCUUAGAAGAAUUUGUACCUAGUAAUGCACCAUGGUUACACUUGGACAAUAGUGGUUUAUUACGUACAACUGGCCAAGAUGCAGCUUACUUAGCACCUGGAAUGUCUGGAAGGCCAACACGUACAAUUAUUGAACUGUUAGGGCAGAUGACAUGUGAUAGUAAUUCGGAUAAAAAGAAAACAUAAGCGAAAUUCUGUAAAGUUUUAAAGUUUUAAACGCAAUUAAAUUAAAUACAUUUUAUAUAGAACGUUUUUCAUAAUUUCCAAUCGUUAUAAUGAUUUCCCUGUUAAUUUUUUUUAUCAAAAUUGACAACUUGUUAAAAGAAAAAUAAUAAUCCUAACGAAUUUAUGUAAAGCACUAUAUCCAUCUUUUUUAAAUUUAUAAAUAGUAAACAUCACAAACGAGGGAAAUUUUUUCAAUUUUUAAGAACAAUAUCUUCAACUAGAUAAAAUUUGUGAUAUUUUGAGGAAUGGGUAAAAGAAAUCAGUUGGAUGAGAGCUAAAAAAAAGGGUGACAAACAUAAAAAAAAAAAAUACAUCAUAGUAAAAUUAUACCUUCUCAUCUUCGCAUCAAAACGAUUAUCAUAAUUUAAGUAGUUUUCAUAGGGGUAAUCUAACCACAUCUUAAAGUUCGGCUCUAUUUCUGAUUUUUUUCUUCAUAGAAGACAUUACUGGAGAAAUUAUUUUAUUUUAAAGUGUAUUUUUAUAUUUUACGCUACCAAUUAUGAUACUGAUUACUAUUUACUUUAAAAAAUGUAUUGUAGUGGUUUUUCAGCUUAAGAUAUUUAUAGUGCAUAUAAUAUUAUUAUAUAUAUUUACAAAUAAAUACAUACAGUAUUCCUAUUUUUGACGAUAAUGCAAAAUGUCAAUAUUUCACAGGAGUCAUAUUGAUUAUUACCAAUACAUAUAGAAUUAUAAUUAGGGAUACUGUAAAUAUAUAUCAAAAAUUUGAAAUUAUAUCUGAUAAAAAAAAAUAGCAUCAAAUAUUCUAUUGAGUGUUAUUAAAUAAACAGAAACGGCAUUGGUAUAAAUAACAGUCUAAAGGAUUGAUGAAAAAGGUUUAUAGUAUUUGGCAAGGAGUGAUUGAACUUCCUACGAAUUAAUAAACUCUGAAGAUUUUUCUAUAAUUAAUACACAAAAUAUAUUA